UACACUACACGACCGCUCGGCGCAAAACUCGCCCCGAUCUCGUGGAUUCUCGCACGACUGGAAAAUCGGCUCAAAAAAGUGAAAAAGUCGCACAGUGUACGCCCGGCUUUAAUGAACUGACCUGAAUUGGAAUGUUUAUUAUGUGAAGCGCCUUGAGACGACUCUUGUCGUGAUUUGGCGCUUUAUAAAUAAACUUGAAUUGAAUUUUGUCAGUUCACCUGAAAACGAGCAAGGGGAAAGACCCAAAACACCUCUGGUUUAUCAUUUCUGCUCCGUUCACCUCGGCUACGGGGGUUUCACAGGUAGUGUUUUCAUUAGUUAAGCAAAAGGAAAUCUGCACGUGCCUUUUAUUUUGAAAGUUGGUUGGUUUUACACUGCACUGGUGUUUGACAUCCUGUCUGACCCGAUCUGAACUCAUGAGCUUGAUGCACCGUGGAGGCGUAGCGCGUGUAAAGUCGACUUGAAGCUUACAUUUAGCUGAAUGAUGCAACGCUGUACUUCUGGGAUGCGUCCUGAACGCGCCGCUUCUCGGCCGGCUGAAAAACUUCAAGUUUUAAGACAAAAGAAAACGUAAACUGCAUUAGAAUAGGUAUGUUUGAAAGUUGUGGUGGAUAAAACAUGCGAUGUAUUUUUAGCUGCCUGCCUGUCACUAUUCAUCUGUUGAUCUUUUAUAUAUAUAUUUAUUCAUUCGUUUGUUCAUUCAUUCAUUUAUGUAUUCAUUCAUUCAUUCAUUUAUUUUUGUCUGGCUGCAAACACGUUUCCACGCCAUCCCGCAGCUGAAAUGAUUUUUGAAAUGAAAUUACCUGUGGCAGCCAGGCAAUAACAAAAGUACAAAAACUUCUUUGAAAAACAAUAAAUCAAUAAGCCUCGGCAACACAUCCCGUUACGUUCCCGCCUCGCUGACACCUGAAGCUCAUUAAACAGAGCCUAAUGUCAACUUAGAGGAGGGAGAGCACACAGAGGCUUGCCUUCGCACGUCCUAUCAUAAUAAGAGCUACUGAGUAACCUUGAUAUAUUGUAUAUACUAGAAAUAAAUAUGAUUGUCCUUUAAUCUGAUUUUAUUAUACUGGGGACUCCCGCUGGCAAACCCACUGAGGGCCGAUGGCCCGUAAUCUUAUUGCAGGGUAGCGCCGCGUGCUUCAUUUCCCCGUCCUGAUGGUGUUUUAUCAUGUCAGGACUGUUAUUGUUCCUGUUGGUAUACGUGUUUCUCCAUCUAUAUGCUCUGGUGUAUAUAACCUAAUAAAUCGAGUUAUUGCACAUUCUUGAGCGUCUGUCUCUGUUUGUAUACGUAUGAGUGCUUGUUUGCAUGCACCCAUGAAGCCCCUACAGCUAAUUUCACCGCUCAGAAAGCUGGCCUGCUAGAGGGUUCUGCUCUGUUUAUCAUCCCAGCAUGUUGACCCAAUCUGUGGCCUUGGUGCUUUUUUCUCAGUUUUUUCUUCCAUCUUCUUCUUUAUUUAUUUAUUUAUUUAUUUAUUUUCACCCCCGCCUGCUGGGGCAUUUUGCGAGCUGGCAUGGUUGGAGAGACGGGCGCGCUCAGUCUGAACUAAACGGCGUACGCAUCAUUGAGCAGCAUUACCAAGCUCUCCCAUCUCAUCACUUUCACUGAAAGCUAGGUGUGUGUGUGUGUGUGUGUGUGUGUGUGUGUGUGUGUCCGUGUAGAAGGCCUGUUAACUAGAAGGUCUAAUAAAUCAAGCUGUCUGUCUGCAGCCUGCUACCCUCCUUCACUCCAUUAUCCCUCCCUCCUCUCCACUCAUCCUUCCUCCCUCUUUCUCUGUUGCCCUCUCCAUCUCUCUCUGUUCUUUAUGCCCUGUAAUUCUUCAUUUACAGCUCAGGGGGUGGCGUCGGAGGCAUGACGUGCCUCCUGAUAAAUCGCUGUCUCCGAGCAGAGCUGAAUAACUCGCCCCUCUGAAGACCAACCUAACGUGUGCAUGUACCGUUCUGAAGCUUUAACGGUGUGUUUCCGUGAGUGUGUGUGUGUAUACAUGUGCCUCAGGUGCUCGUGGCUGUAGAUGAUGUGCUGCCUGAGUGCAGAUGCAUGCAUUACAACUGAAUGCAGUAUGUGGCCGGGACCGAUCUCCCUGUCCCGCUGAAUGGUGGCUGAUUGAGACGCAUGGACUGCCUUUGUGCCCUGAUCUGGUUGCCAUUGAUUACCUAUCAGGGUUUUUGAUUGCAUCCUGCAAGUAAUUCUUUUAAAUAGGCCCUAAUGGCCUUCAAUCUGGGCUGAUGACGACCUCAGAGAGUCCAAUCGCAGAUCCAUUUAGACUCUUUCAGACCCCUCCACGCGCGCUCUGAAACCCUGGCUCAUAUCUCAGCCUCCACCCGCUGCUGCCAUUGCUGCCAUGUUCCCUCCACUCGUACAGAAACCGAGACCGAUGAAAAUCUGGAUCAUACUUCAUCAUAAGUGUUGAGCUCACACAUGACUUUUAAGUGUGGACCGCAUCCUUUUGACGGUAAUAAAAGUUGGUGAUGAUGGGAAGUAACUGAGGAGAACGGCGAGGAUGAAAAAGGAAGUUGGACACAAAUGGAGUGUAAUCCAGCUUUUAGAUGGAGUAAGAGGGAAGGAGUCUGGGUUUCAGAUCCGCAGGAAAGAAAGGGGAAAAAAUGAAGCUCGAUGGAAUGAAGAGGUGUGACGGAUCUGUUAGGGAUAAAGGAGAGAGGAGAGGCAGGGGGGCUGGCUGUCAGUGUUAUUAUAGUCUGAGGGCUGGGUGGAGGUGGAGGUGAUGGAGGUGGGGGUUGUACCAGACAGGAAGAGGGCUCGCCGUCUAAUCCUCCAAUUUUCUUACAUUACCGCUCCCCCUCCUUCUCUCCACCUCCGUCCUUUACCCCCCCAUCCCCCUCCCUCCCUGCUGCCCAGCCUGCCGGCAAAUGAAACCAGAGACAGAGGCAGGUUCGGAGAUCGACUUGAAGGAGUAAAACACACAGAGAAAAGACGGGGCGAGGCGGAGACCUCCUGCACCUCCGGUGUGACCAACCCACGUGGAGAUCCCAGAGCUUCGGCCGUUCGCCUCUCUGCAUCAGACGAGACAAAAGCAGCUUUUGGUUCAAACAAUAAACCACAGCCAAGACGUUUAAACAUGUUUUCUGCAGCUUGAUCAACAGCUUCCUGCUGAUUGGGGGAAAUUCCUGAUGAGUUCAGAACAACAAAGCAACGAUGACAAGCAAGCUUCUUUUGCAAGGCGGUGCUGCUUGUUGUUAUUUUAUUCAUAAACACACUCGUCUGUGACCUUGCACUGAUUUGAGGAAGGGCUCAGCUUGAUUAAGUGUGGAAAGAAGCGUAAUUUUUGUAGGAAACGAACCAACAAAUUUAGAGUGACUGUUCAUCAGUUUACGCGUGAUGCUCUUAUAAAAACUCUGAUUUUACACGGCAACGCGCCAGCCGCCUCGGAACAGAGAGGCGAUCCUCAAAGAAGCUCAAAUGUCCUUUUUUUGUGUCUGUAAACAAGUCGACUUUAAUUUUGACUUUACACAACACAUCUGAUCCCCUCCUCUUCGCCGCCGUUCUGUGGUUUCCGUUUCCCGCCCUGCAGAUCGAUUUACAUUCCAGGCCGUCGUCAUUGGGCGAGGCAGAACCCUGACUGAGCGGGACUAAUUUGCCAUGUUAAUGAGAUGGCUCCGACAAGCAGAGCCAGCUGGAGACCGGAGUAAAUGAUCUUGUCAUCAGUCAAGAACACAAACAUGGCUAACUGCUAAUUAGCUCGUGGCAGUUUGCAGAGGUGACAUUUUGUCUGAUCUGUGCCGCGGCGGAGGAGAGAAAAGGAAAAGGUGCAAUAAUGAAAUACAAAAGCAGAAAAAGACAAAGGGAGGGGGUUAUAAUGAGUUUGGACGCCGUUUUCUGACUCAAACCCUUUCAUUGGAGCUCACACAAGCCCGCGCUUCCCAUCAUCUGUAACUUCCACUUCGCUCUGCAAUUUGCAAUAAGGAUAAGAGCACGUAUGUGCCAUCAGAAUGAGGGGAGAAAAUAUGCUAAGCAGGCAAUCAGAGGUGUACCCCCUGGUGCGUAACAGCCAAUCACGGCUGUCCCAGUGUGUGUCACCAGCCAGCAGGAGGCAGAAUUAGUCCUGGUUAGCAGCCAGAGCCCCACCGAGUGGCUGAUUAGUCUUAGACUGAAGAGGAGACAGAAUGUUAAAAGUCCAAGCGCCCGUCGGAGACUCUUCUGCUCAGCAGACAGAAGCAAGGACUUUAAAAUGUAAAGGAAAAGUUAUCAGCCUCCCUGCAGACUUGUGAAUGUGAUACUUUAAACAAAACAGUGAUUACCUUUACUUGUGUUACACAUGACUGGAAUGUUAAGAAGGACAAAACCUCGCAGCGGUUAAGGCAGACCAACACUUUUCAAGGCAGAUGCACGGCAACACGUUUCUUUAUAAGAGAGGAAAAACUAGCCUGAAAUCCUGUUUACGACCACUGUCUUGUGUAAUAGAGGGCUUUUGUUGUAUUUAAGGUGUGAACGUCCCAAACUUGAAACCAAUUUAUAGUUAGUGAUCAAAUUGUAAUUGUUCAAAAUGUAAAAGAAGAGCUGGGGCGGGAGGGGCAUUCAUUCAAUGUCUGGAUAUUCCCAGCACAUCCUGGAAGCUGAUGCUCCGACAUUCUCCUUCGUUGUUUUUCUCUCAGCUGCGCAGUGGUGCAGUGGUUAGAGCUGUCGCCUUGCAGCGAGGAGGUCCUGGGUUCGCUUCCCGGCCUGGGAUCUUUCUGCAUGGAGUUAGCAUGUUCUCCCUGUGCAUGCGUGGGUUCUCUCCGGGUUCUCCGGCUUCCUCCCACAGUCCAAAAACAUGACUGUUAGGUUGAUUGGUCUGUCUAGACUGUCCUUAGGUGUGUGUGUGUGUGUGUGUGUGUGUGUGUGAUUGUUUGUCCUGUGUGUCUCUGUGUUGCCCUGCGAUGGAAUGGCUCUCUGUCCAGGGUGUACCCCGCCUGAUUGCCCGUUGACCGCUGGAGAUAGGGUGACUUGCUAACCACCACAAAACUAGAAAAUGAAGAGAAAAAAUGGUGAUUGUGCAACGUGAAACUCAAAAAUGUUAAAAAAAAAAUAAACGAUUUGUGUAAAUACAUAAAUAAGCAUAACCAUUGGUGCCACCCAUGCAUAAACAAGUGCCCCACAUGGGCCACCCCAUUUUAAAAGUCCUGGACACGGCUCUGUGUUAGCGGUAGCUUUAGGUAGCUUUAGGAAUAUCUAGGGCUAGUGUUGUUUGGUUAGCAUUACCCCAAUCAGCAUUUACUGUAUAUAUCGUUGAUGUUGGUGGACAUGCAGAUGCAAAGUGGUGUUUCUCUGCGGCCGUUAGAACACUUAUUUGCAGAGAAAAGCAGGUCAGAGAGGGCACAGACUUUUGGGUAUGCUACAUUAGAUUCUCUAAGCUGCCUACACUCAACAACAACAAGGUAAACCUCUGUCAGGGCGCCCCAGGGCAGCUGCGGCUACAUCGUAGCUCAUCACCAUCAGUGUGUGAAUGUGUGUGUGAAUGGAUGAAUGAUACACUGUAGUGUAAAGCGCUUCGGAGUCCUUUCUCUGAGAGGCGCUAUACAAGUGCGGGUCAUUUAUCAUUUAAACGUGGUUUUAAAUGAUUGGACCCUUUUAAAGUAACUCUAACCAUUUCCAGCUACUCUGUCCUGCUGCUCCUACUGGUUGAAAUAGUCAUAAACAGCCCUGCAGUAGCCUGCUGUAGCUAGCGAUAACAUGAAAGUCCAGUAACAACAAAGCCAGGUCACCAUCAGUCCUGUGACGUCACUGCCUUCUUCAGCUUCCUCAAAUGAGCGUUGGCUGUGGUCAUUUUUACUCUGGUUUUAGCUCUUAGCUUCACCUUCAAAGACGUUACUUUCUGAAUUUUAACUUCAGGCUCCGUCAUGAAGCCAACAAAAAAAAAAACAUAUUCUUAUUAUUAGUGAUGGCUGGCAAACUGAAAAAGCUAACUGUGAGCCUUUUAUUAGCUACUGGCACAGGAAAUAGCUAACAGCAGCUGAGCAGGUAAAGAGCGCCCCAUGGAACACCGACCCGCUCCACAAAGCUGAUGUUUCUAGUCGGCAGAGGGCUGCAGAGUGCUGACGCAUGUGACGUUGGUAAAGUUUCUACCAACACCAUCGCUGAAUCCCACCUUAUGAGGAAUCGUUUAAAGGGUAAAACACUGCUUAGUGUCACUUAGCUACACAACAGUAGGAGUGUGUGUCCCGUUUAAAUCUUCACCGAUAUAGAAAGACACUCAUCCACACACCACACGGUGAGAAAGAGAGUGGUGUUACCAGAUACCAGAUUCAGCUGGUAUUUCACAUUCCUUGGAGCGCGGAUCCAUCUUGUUUGAUUCGCAUUUCUGAAAAUAUCACACUUUAAGACGUAGACCUCCGCUCCAAAAUCAAAUGGUAAAAGGUUAAUGGCCUGUAUUUGAUAUAGCGCCUUCUAGAGUCCUGGAACCCCCCAAGGCGCUUUACAACACAAUCAGUCAUUCACCCAUUCACACACUGGUGGGGAUGAGCUACGAUGUAGCCACAGCUGCACUGGGGCGCACUGACAGAGGCGAGGCUGCCGAGCACCGGCGCCACCGGUCCCUCCGACCACCACCAGCAGGCGAGGUGGGUUAAGUGUCUUGCCCAAGGACACAACGGCAGACUGAGCGGGGCUUGAACCUGCAACCUUCUGGUUACGGGGCAAGCACCUAACUCCUGUGCCACCGUCGCCAAAUCAAAGUUCUUCCAUCAACAUCUGGUCAAGGAGCAAUUUGCUGUUAGCAGCUAGCAAGACAACAAUAAUCCUCACUCAGUCACUCACUUAUGGAAGAAACUGAAGUAUGUGGAGAAACCCUUGCAUUCACUGGGAGAGCAUGCAAACUCCAAGAAGAAUGGCCACAGCCAGGAUUCAAACCUGCAACCUUCCCAUUGCGAGGCAACAGUGCAGCCAACUGCACCACCAUGCAACCUGUAAAUAUUUCAAGCCCAUAAGUGGAUGAAGAGGGAUCAUCAGAAGCACUCAGCUAGCCCCUCGUGGGGCGGCUUUGAUUUUGGAUCGUUUCUUUUAGCCAAUAAAAAUGUUUUUCACACAUUUAAAGAUAAGAAUGUUCAGCAGGGGGCAGGACCCGCAGCAUCAGCUAAAACAGCAUUAUGUGAAAAGCACUCCACAUUUAUAUUCAUACUGAUGCUAAAUAUAGUCCAGAGCUGGACAGUUUACUAAACCUUUCGUGUUUCUGCAGCUCUCAUUAGCGCUUCUGAUUCAGGACGUCAUUGUUUCUCUUCCAGUUAAUUGUUUGUUUUUUCUCCUGCUUUCAGCAUCCUGGCCUGUUUGUCUUCUGGUCGCUCCAUGCUGUUUCAGUUUUUAUCGGCACUCGCUCUUGCAUCUUUUCAUUUGUAAUCUAAUAAAGAAAUGGCAGCAAGCUGUACGCUCGUUUCAGGGGGAACCGGAUGACUUUGAGCACCAGAUGCUGAUGUUCCCCAAGAGUCGUUACUGAGAUGGAGCCGAUCUUUUACUGUCUCCAAUAAAGGCACAGGCACACGCACACACACACACACACACACACACACACACACACACACACACACACACACACACACACACACACACACACACACACACACACACACACCUUCCUCUUGCUCUCUCAGUGUGGAGGCAGGAUUAACCUGCUGCUUGCGGAGUAAAUCCAGCAUGGCGCUGCCUCCGCCUCUCUGUCUCCGUGUCUGAGGAGGUCUGGUUAUCCCUUCAUACAAGCUCUGCGUUCAAAGAGACGGCCGCCAGGGAUUAAUGACGUGUUAAAGGGGCAACGGUGGGGGAUUUAGACGUCGCUUGCUGUAAAGACGGGAGAUUUAAGAACACGAACCAGUGGUUAAUGCUCAUUGAAGAAAGAUUAAAUAGACACUGAACCCCCAACACACAAAUAACAGACAGGUACUUUAUUAGUAUCAGACUUCAGUGCUCAGAUUAUAACAUGAAAGUGAGAGGACAGAGUAUUUGUUUAUUUAAAUUUUCAUAGAAAAAUGUGCAUUGUAGUAUUUUUCUUAUUUCACUUUAAAGGUGUGGUUCACUCGUUUUGUCAGUACGUUUGCAGCGGUCUCUAGCAGGAAUGAAUGCCUUUAAGGGGAACUCUGGGGAAACAAACCAGGUACUGGAUUUGAGCCACAUCACAGCUGAGGUUCAGACGGCGGGUUUUGGAGUCUUAUUUCCUGAUAUCUGGACAUCUUGCCUUGGAUUGGAUAACAACAACGCAACUCUGCCACUGACUUGCACCGUUGAUGCUUUAUCUCUACAAACAACGCCAGCCUAAAGGAGUUCUGCAGUGUGGUGGAUUUGCUAACGCUAACAGUUAGCCUCUGCUAGCUAAGACAUGCUCUGCUGUUUCUGAGAGGCUAAACCAACAACAGUCAGGACGGGUGAGUCCAUGAAUGUUAGGUGACGGUGUGACGCAGAUCUGUCUAUUUUCUGUCACAAGCUGAUGCAGGAGAUAGGUGUAGGAGACUAUUUUCAUGUUCAGCCUGAAUGAAAAACUCAGAGUGACCGAUUAUAAUCAGAACUGAGAUUUUAAAAUGUUAUUUUAGUGUUCCGCCCCUUUAACGUAUAAAUGUAGAAUAUUUAUCCAAACAGCCGUCUAAACUGCAUUUUGGGUGUUUUUCGUAGCGAUCCUUUUCAGAACAGGCGGUUUGGCUCCAGCAGCAUUUUUGCUGAAGGAUGAUUUUUUUUUCUGGGGCCCCUCUUUUUCAUUACCACCCAAUCUUCUUUGUUGAUGCCAUCUAAGUCCUGACUGGCACGUCUUGCACUUUGCAGCCGACGUGGAAACGCCUCAUAGACGUUACUCUUGGCUGAUGAAUUUAGGAUCCUGUAAAUGGGGGAAGAACCACGGCUAUAAAACCAGUAAACAGUGGGGUAUAAAACCUGUAUGCACCAGUUAAAUUAGAUAAAAAUCACUAAGAUAGUUUUAUGCUGCAUUAAAAGCUUCUAAAAGCUUUUUCCACAUAGGCUAGGACUCUCUGACUGGAUACAGUCGCUACCUCAGUUAUUAUAGAUUCAUAUCAUUGAUUUUCAUUCAGGCGGUUUGUUUUUCCAUCCCAUCAUCUCCGGUCUUAAAACUUUUCUAUUUUUAUUUUUAGAGGGGGUAAACCAGAAGCUGCUUCCAUAACAAACUGGAUUUGAGGAGGCACAGGUGGAGUAAAGCAAGGAAAACAUUGCAUGAAGUGCAAAACUAUGAGUGCAUUCACACCAGCGUUCUGUAUGCGGCGAGUCUGACGAGUGCUGGAGCGGAGUUGAGGGAAGAUUAGACUUGAAAAGGUUACGGUGGGAAAAACUGGCCAGUCUUCACGGUGACUGCUGCAGCUGCCACACGCUGAGCAAAAGUCGUGGUGAAUUUUGAACAUUCUUAAUUGAAGCUUGCUUUGUUAAACAUUUACCCAAAUUCAGCAAUUCAUCUUCUGUCACUUAUUUAGGAUCGAAUCGUGGCGAAGCAGAGAUCCCAGUUGGAAGAGACUCUGAGGCUUUCCCAGAUGGGCUGUAUGAUAUAAUCCUUCUCCACAAGGAGGUGUCCCCCUGCAGAGGAGUGUCUGACACAUGGAAGGCAUCCAGAAGACCAAACCACCUCAACUGGGUCCUUUCAAUGUGAAGGAGCAGCUACUCUACUCUAAAUUUUAGGCCUGAUGUCGGAUAGUUGUACCGGAUCUUCUCCGUAUCGGCGUGACUCCAUUCCACCAGCCCAGCUUGAAAGGAUGAGUUUCCAGGCCAAUUCAGGGACCAGCCAAGUGCCUGAACUGGCCCAGUACUAGGCAGGUUUUGUGGUAAUUUCAUACUGAUUGGUUGUAACUCAAACAACAGACAUUUGUAAAAAAAAAAAUAAAAAAAAAGACAUUAAAGGUGGAAUAUGGAACAUUUUAAUAAAAAGAUAAAUAAAGAAAACCUCCAUGUGGUGUUUAGAAGUGUGCAGAUUGAAGGUGCAGUUUUUCCUAUAGAAGCAAUAUUUAAAAAUAUAUAUAUAUAUAAAUUUUAUUUUGACGGGCACGACACGGGGUUUAUAUUUGCAUACCAGCAAAUAGGGGGCACUGUUGCCGUAACAAGUUCGCUUGACGAGGCGAGGCUGGGGCUGUAAGCAGCUGCUUCUGAACCCAGGAGACGUAAAGGUAUUAGUAGAAGUCACCCCGUACCCUAGCCUGGCAAGCCAGACUAAAUAAAUGUAUUAUUUAGUCUGGCCACGCUCCAUUGACGGCUCUCGGUUGUGGGGCGGGUUCUACCGUUGUCUUUCAAAUGAUCUCCGCAUUCCACUGGACAAUGAAUGUGACAUCCUCUUGUUUCACUCUGUUGCAUCAUCCCACCCACCAGGCAUAUAGAGCGCCCUGAUUAGCCCACAAAGUGGAUAAAGCUCUGUGAUUUGUUCACUAAGCAGAUAGAGCACUAUGAUUGGCCCACCAUUAUGGACCAAUCACAGCUCUUUAUGUGUUUGAAACCCCUCUAGAGAGCUGUGAUUGGCUAGCCAGAGUCCUGGUAGGAGCUGCAGAGGUUCCAGUGGAGCGUGCCUAGACCAAAGUUUGCAAAGCAAGAAUUUGGUCUAGUUCACUAGGCUACCCUUACCCUGGAUGUGGUGCCGGCUGGCCACUUCACGUGUCGGCAGUGAACCAACGCCCCGACGGCUGGAAAAUGUGUUCUGUUGUUGCACUACCACCUCUACACACUAGAUGUCGCCGUAGUGUCCGUGAUCCAUAUUCAACCUUUAAUGGUGAAGUGGAAAUAAGCGGCGUUGACGCAGCUUCAUAAUCGACUUUUAUAAACUCCCAACACCAAAAAAGUGGCGGGAACUCCCUCACUACUCUGUUACUGCUGCUGCUUUUUUGAUCUUCUAAGGAGCGCUGUAAAAAACGACACUUCCUCUGGUCAUCGAACACCACGUUAACUUCACACCCCCGCUCUCCCGGUCCCCUGAAUGAUGGCGUAUUUCACAAUUAUCCUUUCCCUAAGGCUGGCUAUAGCUAUUUUUACCACUCAAACCACGUUUUCUCUUUUUGUCUGUUUGACUUUAGUCUUUAUGUUGAGUUGUUGUCGUCUCUCUUAAACAUUUAGAUGGUUUUUCUGACCUUUCUUCUGCCUGGUAACAACAACUUAGGGCAAACCUUGUAUCACGCUGAAACAUGCUCUAAACUUAAAUGGAGGUUUUUGAUUAAAACAUGAAACAUUUUUACCUUGCAUUAACAAGUCCCUAACAUUAACAUGAUUGUUUUUAUAAUAUAACCACUAUUGCUCAAAAUUGCGAAGAAAUCACAACAAAUAUAAUUUUAUUGCUUUUUUGCUUCCAGUCGGCUGCUUUGCGGCUUUUCCCAUGCAGCGUCUCACUUUGGUGGCUCGGUUGGACCUCCCGUUUUCUGCAUUGUUCCUGAAAUGCGGAUUCUUCCUGGAAUACUUUUGCAAAUCUCCUGUGUCUCUAAAGUUAGUCGCUGCAGUUUCUGACAACUGUGUGUUUGUUGGGGAGAAACGGGAGAACGACGCAGGUUUUCUGUUUGCAUCAUUAUUCUGAACCAGACGUACAGGUCCUGAGUCCUUAACACCCACUUUCCACCACAACCCAUGUCAAGCAUGCUUCCUCCCUCGUAAUCCCCCGCCACCCUUGAUAAGCCACUCUGCACCUCCCUUACACACACACACAUUCAGCUUGCUACCCUCAAAAUCUGUUCCCUUGCAAUCACCUGCGCAUCAGCCGCCAAAUGAAGCUCCUCUUUAGAAAAAAGAAAAAACCCAUACUAGGCUGUCGAAGCGUCUGCGUGCCUGGCAGCACAGGCAGCCCUUGUGUUGAAGCCAAUAAUCCUGCAUCCGAUCUUCAGGUGCGGCGAGGGCCGUGAUUGACAGGACUCGAUAUGAGGCCCUCGCCUCACUUGACAUUUGGGUUUCAUAAGGUCUGGAACAAAAGGCAGGGCAAAAUAAUCAGAGAGGGGCGCAGGCAAAUAAAUCUGUUUAUUCCUCCUCACCUGCCCCCUCCCUCACCUCUGCACCUCCUCCGCUCGUCCACAUCAAGCCUCGGCCCUUGAAGGAGUAGGAGGGAGGGCGCAAUAUUACCUUUUCACAGCCUUAGUGGAUUCAUGCACCCCGACAGCAGGUCACUCUAGGCCCUGUGCUUACCUGAGAUAUUAGUUUGUAUGAGUGCUAGAUAGAGAUGUGUAUUUGAAUGGAUGUGUGUGUGAGUGUGUGUGUGUGUGUGUGUUUACACGCCUGUGUAUGUGUGAGGGAGCAGCAGAGACAACAGAAAACAGAGGCGGGCGCGGGGAACAGAGACUGAUGUGGUGUCAUAUUGUAGAUUUGUGUGCAUGCAAGAGAAUAAAUGAAAGAAAAAAAAACAUCCAGUUGUAGAAUUAUUUUUUAAGGCAGGCGGAGACGCUUCUGCAAACGGCUGAAACUAAAAGAUCAGAAAAGGGAGCAUGAUGCAGCAAAAGACGAUUAAGACUUUUUCUCUUUGUCAGUUAUUUAGUUCCUCUAAAUGACUGACGGCAGCAUUCGAGAGCUGCUGAGCCAGCAACAGCACGUUUCAUCGACGCACACCCAACAUAAACUAAAAGCCACAAAUGCAAGCGGACAUACUAUGUACACUCACUCCCUCAAAGUGAAUGGGGAAGCUGUAAGUGUCCUGGUUGUAACAUUUCACCUUACUCAGCAGCCUUAACAGGAUUGUAGCACUUGAAUGUUAAAACAGCAAAAAUGUGCUGCAAAGCUCGUUCUGAGUCUUUAAAGCAGCUCACACACAUUCCAUUUAUCUGCAUGCUGUAACUGUAUUAACAUAUCUAAAUAUGCACACACUCAUUUAUGCAUUUAUCACAAAUUCUCAUCAGCAGCAAUAUAGUUUAACAAGAAUUAGUCGAGAAUUCAGAGACAUGGUCGUUUUCCUUAGCUGUGACACAAAUUCAGUUUAUUGGGUGUUAUGUUUGCAGCCUUUAAUUUAUGCUUAAUCUGACAUAGAAACAUGUCAUACUGACAAGAAAUAAUCUGCAAUAGACGUUCUCGAUUACCUCUAAUGCUAAGAUCAAAAUCAUAAAGACAAAGUUCACUGACAACCUGUUUUUACCUGUCCUUUUUUAGUUUUGGUCACUGAGUUUUACAUGAAGGCCAUCAGUGAAAAUAGUCUUCCACGCCUAUUUUUGACAUUAGCUGCUGCUAGUUAAUAUAAAAACAGACGAAAAUAAAACGCUUGGAUUAUAAAAGCCCGCCAGAUUAAUGCCGCAUUGAAAACUGGACUCAUGCAUCUUGGCUCAUGACAGGGAAGGCUGUUGCUGAUUUAGCAUCCAGGAGAGAGCAGAGCACGUCUCAGCAAAGCUAACCGUUAGCAACUCCACAUCAUGUAGGAACUCCUACAGGUUUGAGUUAUUUGUGGAAAUAAAACAUCAACAGCAAAGCAGAGUCCGAGGUGGAGUUGUGUUGCUGUUAACCAACCAGAGACGAGAUGAAAUAACUCCAAAGCCCUCCGGGUGCUGCUCCUCUCUGCUCUGGCUCACCUCUAUUGAAAUCUAAUUUGAAUAAUAAAAGCUGUUAAUUAUGUUAAUUUCUGACCAAAGUGUAGAAUAGAACAGCACCCAAUCACAUUUAUGCUUCUUAAUAUUACAAAAACAAACCUAGCUCUGCUGCUUCUAAUGUAAACAUACCGUGAGUAAACUGAACAGCAUUCCAGUGUUCAUCCACCAUGUAAGGUACGUUUGUCAUUAGAUCUGUGCUCUGCAAGUGAAAGAGACAGAAACAAUCCUUCAUUUUUAAUCCCAUUUAUUUGAAUGUGUCCCACAACAAAGGACAGUUGUCACAAACGCUGUUUGAUGCAGUCAUUUUAACGCUGAAUUAGUUUAAUAAACGACUUUUUCUGAUGUUUGUGUGCAGGCGGGUUUAGUUUAGUGAGCUGGAACACGUGAACAGACUCAUAAUAUGAGAUGCAAUUAAACAUGGAGACAAUUGUGAAGUUUUUUCUUUCUCAAAUUAAAAAUCACAAGUCAGUUGAUGGUCUCUAGAUCCAUCCUUGCAGCAUCUUCUGUUCCAGCUCGAGCUCCCCACGUGGGGGUCUGCAGAACUCGCAUCCUGCCUGGAUGUGAUUGGACAGCUCGCGGAUGACAGACACAAGGAUGCGACGCAGUGAGUUCACCUUUCAUCGCCAUUGGCUGUCCCUAAAACCAUCCUCCUCCUUCAGACCACACGCCAUUGGCUUUAGGGGAGGGGGUGCUUCGCGGAGGAGUCGGGAAGUUGUAGUUCUUCACGUCAGACGCGCAUCUGUAGGACUUAUUAUCCACUAAUGUGAAUUAAACUACACGUCCCGACGUCACGGUCCGAGCUCCCGUGAAUGUUGUGAAUGUGUGAUUGCGGCCGCGCGACUGAUUGCUUCUAAAGCUGGCGUCACGGAGGCAGACUGCUACAGUUGGUGAGGUGUCUCCCGGUCGUCGCUGCGCGCGGAUGCGAACCGUAAAGGAGGCUGGAGGAAACACACCGAUUAAAGCGUGACAACGGAGCCAUCUGGAGACGCGCAGUCCUGGGCAUGCGGCUGCGCCAUCAUGAGCAGAAAAGUUGAUGUUCUGCAGAAAAAUUGAAAGAAAAUCUUUGGGUCCAACUGGAGAAUAUUAAGAUUUACGCGCGCAGGAGAUUUUUUACAGAAGACAGAAUCAACUUCUAUUCUGAUCCAUUCAAACGGACUUUUAGCCAAGGGGACCAGGAUGCCGUCACUGUUCCUGGAACCUGCUCGUUGCCCCUCAGCUGGCCACUGACUGACCUUUUUACGCACAGCGGAAGAUCGGUUCGCGCGCCUCGUUUCAGUGUGGAUGAACUUUCAAAACGCGUUUUAAUGAUUCGAGAUUUGAGCAAGAUGUACCCGCCGGCACGCCAUCCGGUCCCACACCAGCCGGGGCAGCCGUUCAAGUUCACCGUCACCGAGUCCUGCGACCGGAUCAAAGAGGAGUUCCAGUUCCUGCAAGCCCAGUAUCACAGUCUGAAACUGGAAUGUGAAAAACUGGCCAGUGAGAAGACCGAGAUGCAGAGACAUUACGUUAUGUACUAUGAAAUGUCGUACGGCCUGAACAUCGAGAUGCACAAGCAGGCGGAGAUCGUCAAACGACUGAACGCGAUCUGCGCCCAAGUCAUCCCUUUCCUCUCCCAAGAGCAUCAGCAGCAGGUGGUGCAGGCAGUGGAGAGAGCCAAGCAGGUCACCAUGGCUGAACUCAACGCCAUCAUAGGACAGCAGCAGCUCCAGGCGCAGCACCUCUCCCACGGUCAUGCCAUCCCAGUCCCACUCACCCCCCAUCCAGCAGGUCUCCAGCCCCCUCUGCCCCCCGGAGCCAGUACUGCCAGCCUGCUGGCCCUGUCUUCAGCCCUGAGUCACCAGCUGCCACUUAAAGACGAGAGGAAACACCAUGAAAACAACAACGAGCACACGAGAGAUAGAGACUCGGUUAAGAGUUCAUCGGUGUCCCCGACAGCCAGUUUUCGGGCCGGAGAGAAGCACCGGAGUUCCAGUGAUUUUUCAUCUGACAGCAAGAAACAGAAAACAGAUGACAAAGAGCUGAACUCGAUGCACUACGAAAGUGAUGGAGAGAAGAGCGAUGACAACUUGGUGGUGGAUGUUUCCAAUGAGGAUCCUUCAUCUCCUCGAGAAAGUCCCGCCCACUCACCUCGGGAAAACGGGUUGGACAAAAAUCGCUCGUUGAAGAAAGAUGCUCCCUUGAGUCCUUCCUCCAUCGCCUCCUCCAGCAGCACACCCUCGUCCAAGUCCAAAGAGAUUAAUCUGAAUGAAAAGUCCACAACCCCUGUGUCCAAGUCCAGCACCCCAACAUCCCGCUCCGAGGCCCCCACACCCAGCAGCACCUCCACCCCCGGGCUGAGGCCCACCCUGAGCAAACCCACAGCAGCUGAGAUGCUGGCCCCUGGUCUCCGCACACCGCUCGCCGUGCCCUGCUCAUACCCUGGUCCAUUUGGAAUGGUUCCUCACCCGGGAAUGAACGGAGACCUGAGUGGAGCUGGAGCCGCGUACACCGGCCUCCAUAACAUCUCCCCGCAGAUGAGCGCAGUGGCUGCUGCUGCUGUGGCGGCUUACGGACGAACACAAGUGGUGGGAUUUGAUCCUCACCACCACAUCCGUGUCCCAGGACUUCCUCCCAGCCUGUCGGGAAUUCCUGGUGGAAAGCCAGCGUACUCCUUUCAUGUGAGCGCAGACGGACAAAUGCAGCCUGUGCCUUUUCCUCCAGAUGCACUGAUCGGCCCCGGCAUCCCACGGCACGCUCGGCAGAUCAAUACUUUGAGCCACGGAGAGGUGGUGUGCGCUGUUACCAUCAGUAACCCGACUCGCCAUGUUUACACUGGUGGCAAAGGCUGCGUGAAGGUGUGGGACAUCAGUCACCCAGGAAACAAGACUCCCGUCUCCCAGCUGGACUGCCUUAACAGGGAUAACUACAUCCGUUCAUGUCGAUUGCUCCCAGACGGUCGAACACUUAUCGUUGGAGGCGAGGCGAGCACCUUGUCGAUUUGGGAUUUGGCCACACCAACUCCUCGGAUCAAAGCAGAACUAACUUCAUCAGCACCGGCGUGUUACGCUCUGGCCAUCAGUCCUGACUCCAAAGUCUGCUUUUCCUGCUGCUCUGAUGGAAACAUAGCUGUUUGGGAUCUCCAUAACCAGACUCUGGUUAGGCAGUUUCAGGGCCACACCGAUGGGGCCAGUUGUAUAGACAUCUCCAAUGACGGGACCAAGCUGUGGACCGGAGGUCUGGAUAACACGGUCCGAUCCUGGGAUCUGAGGGAGGGACGGCAGCUGCAGCAGCAUGACUUCACCUCUCAGAUCUUCUCCUUGGGUUAUUGUCCAACGGGUGAGUGGUUGGCCGUGGGGAUGGAGAACAGUAACGUGGAGGUUCUGCACGUCACCAAACCAGACAAGUACCAGCUCCACUUGCACGAAAGCUGCGUGCUUUCUCUCAGAUUUGCUCAUUGUGGGAAGUGGUUUGUAAGUACAGGAAAAGACAAUCUGCUCAAUGCCUGGAGAACCCCGUAUGGAGCCAGCAUCUUCCAGUCGAAGGAGUCCUCCUCAGUUCUGAGCUGCGACAUCUCCAUAGAUGAUAAGUACAUUGUGACGGGCUCAGGAGACAAAAAAGCAACAGUCUAUGAGGUCAUCUACUAGGGCUGAUGUCAACCGGCCACAAAACCUCCGGUAUCCGGUACGAAUUUAAAUGUGUAUCAAAGUCAAACAGUUCAAACCAAACUCUUUCAUGGACCACGAUCGUUGAACUUCCUGGUCCUGGCUGGCCGGGGGAUCAACACGAACAAGUGGAACUAAGCACAGAGAUUAUUUUUCUGUCUUUUAAUUUAAUUUCUAUUAUUUUGUUGUGAGGAUUAAUGAAUGUCCAUGUGCACUGAGUUUCGAGUGACAUGAUAACAUUUCUUUAUGUAACACAAGCCUCUGCUUCUGUAUAUUUGACUUUUUAUAGACAAACAGCUGUAACACAAGUGUCUUUGUUCACAUAUAAUAUUAUCUAUAUACUUUGUAUAUAUCUGGCUUUAUAAUCUGGGUUUGCUCUGUGCCUAAUUACAAUUUACCCUCAAAAUAAAUUAGGUAUUUUUAUUUUCAUCUAUGAAUUUAAAAUAAUUAUCCUGCAUUAUUGCACCUAAAAGAGAUGUGAUCAUUUCUGAGACUUUUCUGAGACUUCUUGAUAAAUUGAAGUACGCCCAAGUGAAUUAGUGUUUAAAAAACAAAUAUGUAGGAGUUUGUUCAAAACAAAGUAAAGUGCUUUUAUUAAUAUGAGCUCUAAAGGCAAAAUUUAUUUUUACUUUAUAAUUUUUUUCUUUGAGUGCAUAUUUUAAGUCACUUUUUAAAAAUGGUUAUUACUUAUGAAAAUCUUCUCUAACAAGUCUUCUACAUGUGAAAACACAACUUAAUUUCAUUACAGUUGCAUGCUGAGUGGUUCUUUAUCUUGAAAAGGUUUCUUAUUAUCUCUCAGCUCCUUCAAGGACUGACAAACCGAAGCUACGUGAUGAAAAAAUUGUGGUGUCCUCCUUCAGGGAUCCGCUGUAAUCACACACAAACACACUCUCACUCGCUGCAGAAAGAAUAAUAGGACCGAAGCUUGUUUCACAGUGGGGCGUGCACGGAGGCGGUCCAGUUUCCAUGCAGCUUCUGGACGGGCUGUCAUUCACUCUGUCUGUGGUUCGUGUGCAGAAAGUCUCUGGAUAUCUGCUCCCACAAGUGCAUCAAAGGAUUAGAAAUUUAACACAAUCUGUUUAAUUUUUCUUUACCUGUAAAAAUAGAGAACUUUCAAUAUUUUCAAAUCAUUUUCAUUUUCUUGAACCAGUAUGUACUAAAAUGACCCUUUACAGGGUGAAUUAAAUGUCUCUCAAACCCCCACCGUCCUCCGUGGCCAGAGUAUUGCACUUGCAACUUCAGAGUGGCAGCCUGUUGGACUUAGUAAAAUGGAGCUGACAUGCCUGGUGCUGGAGUCUGCUUCCAGCAUGCUUCCAGCAUGUUUUAGAUGGUGAACGCAGCUGAUUUGAAUGACUGAGUGAUUAACUGCUCCUGUAGUAACUAAUGAAGGCUGGGGAGACAUUUCAGCAGUUAGAUUAAGGUGUUAAAAGACAAACGCACAGCGAGGAGAUACGUUUUGUUUUUUGUUUCACUUAUGGACACUGUAGGGUGCUAAAACUAAGAAAAAAUACAUAUUAUCCCUUUAAAAAAGAAAUAAUCAACGGCAGAAAUAACGUGACACAGGUUUUCUUUUGAAAUAUACCGGAUGCACCUCGCUGCAACACAUCUCACUUCCUGUCUGGCUCAUGUGAAUUUCCUAAAUGUCAUUACAAUCAACAUGCAGAAACUUUCUGGAGCUCCACGUCUCUAUCCAUGUGAAAGCUAUGAUCGGACUAGAUUUUUGAUCAAUGCUGCAGCCGUAAUGAAACCCGACCGCACCCAUUCCACAUUUGGUGUGAAAGAGGCUUUAGCAUAGCUUAGCAUCAAAACGGAAAUUAUGCUUAGCUACGUCAAAAACAGAUGAUGUUAGCUGUAAAUACACACGUGAUGCAUUUCAACUGUAACAAGUGAACACUAAACAAAACCAGUAUGUUAAAGUGAACUAUGUUUAAAGGUACAUUUGCUCGAUGCCAACAUUUAUUGAAAUGCGGUUUUAUUUUCUGUACCCUUUGUUUAAUCAAAGUUUUGACUUUAACGACAUUUUAUGUGUCUUGUGUGUGUGUGUGUGUGUGUGUGUGUGUGGGCACACGCGUGUGUGGUGUGAAUGCUUUGAUCUCGUGGGCGCUAUGUGAACAAAAUAACGAGACUGCCCUCGGUGUCCUCACUACUGACUGACACUUGCACUUGGUUCUGACCCUCGGUUUGGACUCAUGUGGCUGUUUCUUCUGAUAGAUUUCAGUGAAACUGAUUUUGUUCGGAGGUCAACCUUCUCGUCUCUAAACUUGAUUUCUUUUUCUUCAUUUUUUUUUUUAGUCUUUUUGGCUUUUAUUUGAAAAACAAGUGGACAGUGAUAGGGACAUGAUUCAUCUUGGACAUUUAUUCUGUUGGCUUGUAAAAACAGACACAGUGCCUUUAUGCUGCUAUGCUUCUGGCAUUUUAUCCUGAUGAUUGUUCAACACAGCAGAAAUCGAACUUUUUUUGAUCUUGCAACUUUUAAGCACAUAUUUUAAUAAGAUCAGCGACAGUAUCUCAGAUUCACCACUUUUGUUUGUCCCCUUUUGGACAAAAAUAGAGAUUCUAAACCAAAUAAUCUAAAACACACUGACCAAGGUCUUUGCUGUGACUUAUGUUGCAUUUCACUUCUGACUGUGCCUGAACCCGACCUCUUGGCUAAUGUAGUGUGAUUGCACUUGCACGUGUGCAGCAGAUGUUCUGCAACAGGAAACAGUCUGACCAGCAAAUGGGGUAUAAUCACUGCUGUUGAGUUUUGUGUUCCAGAUCCUGAUAUCGCAGAUAAUUUAAUCACUUUGUUUUGCUCUGUUAAAAUGGACAUAUGAGCAAAUAUUUUGCAUGUCUGUGCAAAUUAACCAGUUAUGUUCUUUAAUUUUUAGUAUUUAAAGGAGACAUAUUAUGCAAGACCACAUUUUGCAUCAUUUUGUGUUGACAUGUGGGUCUUUACUACCCCAAUGAACACUCCAAACGUUAAAAAAACUGUCCGUUUUCUGUCAGUGCUUGGUUUUAACAAUUUUGUGCCUAUUAAAAGCAGUUUCAAACAGUCCCUGUUUGUGACAUCACAAAAGGAGAAAUUAGUAUAGAACCAUCUCUCACGUAUAAGAAAGCUGCUGCUGGAAAAGCAGCAGCUCUACUCUGAGCCCUUUCCGGAUAUUGGAGCUUUUCAGCUUAUAGCAACCUGAGAGGGGAAUGGGUGGGCUUGGCCAGCUCCAUUUUGUUAAAGUGACAGUGCCCUGAAACAGCUCAUUCUGGAAGGAACUGAAACUUUCAAGAAUAAAACUGCUGAAAUGGCUUUAUAUGUGAGACUGAUUUAGUCUGGGCCCCCCUGCUUAGGCCACUGCCCCCGCAACCUCGCAAAGAACUUCAUAAUCAUGAUUUGUAUCAACCUUAAAUUAUUCUAGUGUAAAACAGUCAUAACAUGUCUCCUUUAAAAACAGAUCUAAGGAUAAGAACAAAAACUGUCAAGAAGCUUUAAUGCAAGUAUCAUUUUUAUGUUUCUGCAAAAAUUCCUUACAAUCAUUUUUCUGUUUGAAUACAUUGGGAAACAUUUAUGUUGAUAGUGAAGACAAAAAGAGCACAAAUGCAUUUUUUAAAGCAGACAUCAGGAUUCAAAUGUUAGUUUUCAUGCAGGAGAGACUGCAAAAGACAGCUUAUUAUAGUAAAUGUAAUUGUGUUUCAGUCUUUGCUUCACAGUUUCAAAUGUCCUGUUUGCUGCAGCUACAUAAAUGACUAAUAUUCACUUUUCUGUCACUGACUUCUCUCCUGUUUCUGCUUUCAAAGAGAUCCUCAUCAGCUCCUCUUCAGUCUUCAUCUGGAAACUGUUAAAUGUUCUUUACAUGGUUUCCUGUUUGUGUAAAUAUUCAAACCUGAUUGUUUCUCAUUUGUUUGCGCUUAGAUACACGACCUUAUACAGAAAUGUUGUUACAUAUUAUAAUGAUGCACAGAGCACAGCGCUUGACUGAACUCGUGAAAGUGGAACAACUCGACUGUAAACAUGUAAUUAUUUGAGCUUAUGGCAGAAAAGAAACUUCCUGUUGCCAGCUGAGCUUUUUUCCAUUCUGUGUAAAUUGCCUUUGCUCUUUUUUCUAGUCUGUGGUUGAUUUGAUUAAAUUAUUGUGUGGAGUA